AUGUCGAACACGAGUAAGAGCUCCUGCAUUGCUGUACAAGGCUCUGUAACCUCCGACCCAAGCACUACCUCGCAUAACUCUUCAACCGCUACCUCCUCCACUGAAGCUGGAAAUCUCUCUACACAUCGUAUUCAAUCCUACCUUGCCGACAACGACGCUCCCGUGCCAUAUGCCUUGCCUGCUCUCCCUGCCGACGGCAACAACGACAGAAGUUUGACUGCUGCACAUACAAUGAGCGGGAAGUUGCAGCAGUUCGAUGCAAUAUUCUAUGGUAAUUGAGAAGGUUGACACAACACUUGAAGGUUCAACGUGGGCUUGGCAGCAUUUUAUGGUUAUAAGAGAAGGACUGGGAGGCCUUCGGGAUGAUUCGAUAACUUAACAAAAAUGGAAAACUUGUCACCAGUUUGGUAAAAUCUUCAAUGAAGUUUCUAUACAAAGUGACAUUAAGAUAAUAGUAAGAUUAUGUACGCUCAAUCGUGAGUUUUCUUUUAAUCAAGAGACACUUGGGCACUUGUAUAAAGGCUACGUAGAGAAGGACCAACCAACUUUGUGGUCAUGAAGUAAUGGUGAACGUGUCUGGUGUGUUCUACCAUAGUAAGUGUAAAAUCUGUCCUCGAUCGCUUGUGAGAACAGGAAUCACCGUGAGUCA